AUGGAUCAGUCAAACGCGACAUCAUUUGUGGAGGAGUCUACGAACACCUCAACUAGUAGGAACACCUCCAUCGGGGACCUGCGUCGGGAGAUUCCCAUCGUGCACUGGGUGAUUAUGAGCAUCUCCCCAGUGGGCUUCGUUGAAAAUGGAAUUCUCCUCUGGUUCCUCUGCUUCCGGAUGAGAAGAAACCCCUUCACAGUCUACAUCACCCAUCUGUCUAUCGCGGACAUCUCAUUACUCUUCUGUAUUUUUAUUCUGUCUGUUGACUAUGCUUUAGAUUAUGAGCUCUCUUCCGGCUAUUACUACACGAUUGUCACAUUAUCAGUGACAUUUCUGUUUGGCUACAACACGGGUCUCUAUCUGCUGACGGCCAUUAGUGUGGAGAGGUGCCUGUCCGUCCUGUACCCCAUCUGGUACCGAUGUCAUCGCCCCAAGCACCAGUCGGCCUUCGUCUGUGCCCUCCUGUGGGCGCUUUCUUGCUUAGUGACCACCAUGGAAUAUGUCAUGUGCAUUGACAGUGAAGGCCAGAGUCACUCCCGAAGUGACUGCAGGGCGGUGAUUAUCUUUAUAGCCAUUCUGAGCUUCUUGGUCUUCACUCCGCUCAUGGUGGUUUCCAGCACCAUCCUCGUAGUUAAGAUCCGAAAGAACACGUGGACGUCCCAUUCCUCAAAGCUGUUCAUGGUCAUCAUGGUCACCAUCAUCAUCUUCCUCAUUUUCGCCAUGCCCAUGAGACUGCUUUACCUGCUGUACUAUGAGUAUUGGUCCACGUUCGGGAACUUGCACAACAUUUCUCUCCUCUUCUCCACAAUCAACAGCAGUGCCAACCCUUUUAUUUACUUCUUUGUGGGCAGCAGUAAGAAGAAGCGAUUCAAGGAGUCCUUAAAAGUGGUUCUGACCAGGGCUUUCAAAGAUGAAAUGCAACCCAGGCGCCAGGAGGACAAUGGUAAUACUGCCACAAUUGAGACUGUGGUCUGA